AUGCAGUUGGACAUCGAGCUGCCCUACUACUUCGGGGUCUACGGCCUGGGCGCCUUGCCCUCGGACACCAUCGCCGGGCCCGGGUCCAGCGGCAAGGGCCUCGCCGUGUCGCGGCAGCCAGGGGGUUUGCCGAACACGAACACCUUUUGGCGCACCAUCGAGAACGUGCACGUGCCACAGAAGUUGAACUUCUUCGUGUCGCAAGCUGCUCCCCUGCGCAAGGUGAUCGUCGACGGGGAUCUCCAGCUUGCCGAGGGAGGUACCGACUGGACCUCCGGAGGUGCCCUGGCCAACUCAGAGAUCCAGGGGAAUAUUUACCCGAUUACCCAGCAGCAGUGGUACACCCGCGGCACCAAGAUGCAGCCCUACAGUCAUCCCGCAGGCCUGGGCAGCUAUGUUGCAGUGGGCUGUGUCAACCAGGAUGGAGGAGCCUUCGCUCCCAGCUGGGACUUUCGAUCUGGGCACAACAAGCCACGCCAAAGUGGCCACACUGGCGUCACGUACACUGAGGCUCCCGAGGUCUUUGCCGAGAAGCCCUUCAUCAUGAUGGAGGAGGGCAAGUACAAGCUGCGGAUUCCUGAGGUCCUGUAUGGACAUUCCGGGCCCGACUGGCAGACCGGCAGUACCGUUGGCUUUGAGCAGGUCUUCGUCACCCAGCAGAGCACCACCGCGCAGGAGAUCAACACCAAGAUCGCGGAAGGAAAGCACAUUGUCCUCACUCCGGCCGUGUAUUACCUGGAUGAGCCAAUCGUGGUGAAUCAUCCCAACAUCGUCAUCCUGGGGCUGGGUUUUGCCACCCUGGUGCCCAAGCAAGUGCCGGCCUUCGUCGGGCGGGGCGUCAUCGAGGUGGGACCUGUGGACGGGGUGCGCCUGGCUGCGGUCUUCGUGCAGGCAGGCCCGCAGGCUUCGCCUGACUACUCUACAGCGGUGAAGGCACUGAUCAGGUGGGGCGAUGCCAAGACGCCAUACGUGGGUUCCAGGUCCAAUCCCGGCUUUAUGUAUGACGUCAUUGCGCGUGUCGGAGGGCCUGACAACUCCUCAGUAGGCGUGGACACCAUGCUGGAAGUGAACAACGGCUGGGUGAUAACCGAUAACACCUGGCUAUGGAAAGCAGAUCAUUGCAGCUUCAGCUCAGGUGCGCUUUGUAUUCCUCAACGCUAUGUGAACCACUGCCUUGUGGUGAACGGGGAGAAUGUUCACAUGUACGGCCUCAUGGCGGAGCACGCCAACGAGGAUAUUGUGGUGUGGAACGGCGAGCAUGGAAAGACGUACUUCUUCCAGAGUGAGAUGAAGUAUACUCUGGGUCCGCUGAGUGACCCAUCGGGCUGGCAGCGCGUGACGCACGCUGUCAGCUACCGUGUGAAUGCGGUGAAUCAUAUCGCCGUGGGCGUGGGCAUCUACUGUGUGGUCCUGGCGGAAGAUGUGGACGAUGAUACCAUGCCCAUGGCGAACGUAGCUGAGCCAGGUGGCAUGAGCGCCAUCGCCGUCCGGAACGCGGACGCGUACCUCUGGGGCUUCAAGGAACAUGCAGUGGCCUCUGGAAUCCCGGUUGACCUGCAAGGCGCUUAA